CACCAUGACGACACGAUCACUCGCAUCGUCCCCGACGCGACGACCGUCGACUGUCGGCCUAAUCACUGUGCUCUUCCUUGUCACGGUGGCACAAAUAUGCAGCGGAGCAUAUUACGGAAAACUGAUCGGUAAGUUGUCUGAACUUCAACAUGGCGUGAGCGGCGAGGUUUACGCUGUCGACGCAAGGACGCUAUUUAUCAAGGAUUUCACCUACGAUGGCGAAGGUCCAGCUGCCUUCUUUUACGCUGGAAACAGCAAAGGUCCGGGCAACAACGGAUUCCGAGUACGAGACGAACGCGGAACCACGAACCUCCUUAAACGGUAUCGUAAGAAGGACAUCACGCUGACCUUACCAGACGGCAAGACCUUGAAUAACAUUAAAUGGUUUUCGGUCUGGUGCGACGAAUUCUCGGUGAACUUUGGCGACGUCAGGAUUCCGCGAGGCUUCGAUUAUCCGAAACCACAGAAGCUGAAGGCAUUGAGCGGCAUACACGGUGUCAGUUCGGAGCCAAUUGUUAUCGUAGACGCACAGACUCUUCUUAUACCCAGAUUCAGUUACGACGGGGAAGCACCUGAUGCCAAGUUCUGGGUAGGCGCCGGUUCGACUCCUUCAUCGCAGGGUAUUCGGGUGCCCGAUGAGAAUGGAAAGGAGCAACCGUUGCGUCGUUACGAUCGCAAGACAAUCGUGCUGACAUUACCAGCUGAUCUGACAGUUCACCAGCUUGGUCACUUUGGGGUAUGGUGUGAAGCCUUUGCUGUGGACUUUGGCCACGUUCAGAUCCCACAUAGUUUGAACAUACCACCAUCCCUCAAAAUGCUGGGAGUUUCGCCACAGUCGAAACUUAACUGCGAGGUUCUCGAGGACAGCUUAGCUUUCGAGGUGCGAUGGGCCGUGGCCGGAGAUAGCAUUGUCAUCCAACUGGUCGCGAAGUUAGAUGACGGACAGUACAUGUCCUUCGGAUUGUCCGCCGACACGGAGAAAAGCAUGAUGGUUCCUGGGGAUGUCACCGUGGCCUGGGUCGACAAGCAGACCCUGCAGGGAUAUGCCAUCGAUUACUCCUUGAACGCGAAGUCUCAGUGCUCCGGACGUCGUGGUAGCUGCCCAGACAGACGCAUACAGGAGAACACGGACUCGGUGCGGUUGUUGAACGCGGCGAUGGUGAAUGGCUACAGCAUUGUCACGUAUCAGAGACCGCUGAAGGCCAGUGACGAGUUGGAUCUACCGAUACUGACGAACGGAUCGCAGGCAAUAAUCUGGGCCAUCGGGCCGCUAAACGAUCGGCAGGAAGUCAGUUUCCACAGCCACUAUCUGAAGACCGAUCGGUUCAUCGAAUUCGCCAGACCACCCGCAUGGAAUUGUCCCAUGCCGGAUCAGGAGCUUCCUUAUGGCGAUGCUAACGAGACAGCAAGCAACAAUCAACUCGCCACGAGAAGGCCACAACGUGUAGUGGCAACUCCUGCACCGGCUUCUACGAAUGACGCUUGGGAGAUACCACCGAUUCAAUGUUAUGAGCCGGAAGAUGGUAUUUUCUACGCACAAAUGGGACCCACCGGAGGAAAACACGGCUACCCGGCUAUUACUGGUCACGUUGGUUGGGGGAUCUCUUGGUAUAUCAAUGGAUUACUGAUACCUGUGAUUAAUGUGGUGCGGGGCAGGAGAUACACUUUUGUCGUGGAAGGCGGUUCAGAUCCCGACGCUCCGGCGCGUUAUCAUCCAUUCUACAUCACAGAUGACCCGAUAGGCGGGUAUUAUCACAAAACAGCUGAGGAGAAAGCGAAAGUUAAGAUAUUCGCGGGUGUACGUCGACAACGCGGCAAGAUCAUCCCCACCGGCGUAGGUCGCCUCUGCAACUGGGUGCCGGAUCAGAACCAACCGCCCGCGGAUGAGUUCGCGUCCUUCGGUGCUUAUCAGCGUACCCUGACUCUCGAAUGCGAUCACGGCGAGCCGGGCAUCGUGGAGUGGACACCCGAUGAGAAUACCCCCGACACGGUGUAUUAUCAGUGCUUCACACAUCGUUACCUAGGCUGGAAGAUCAAUGUCCUCGACAACUGCGAUGCCAGCGAGGCGUCACCGGCGGCCAGUGAGAAGCGCGAGGUGUUCGCGGAACCGGACCAGGGUCAUCAGGACCUGGAGUACGGCGCUAGUAUUUCCGUGCCGAGCAAGGUAACGCCAACGGCGGAGUUCCUUCAUCAACAGCAUGCCCAUCAUUCUCAUCGCGAAUACGGCCACCGUUACCCUCAUCAUCAUUCAACGACUAACAGCAAGUUAAGCGUCUCGCAUCCUCAGCUACUAACGAACGCCAAUAACAAUUACGAUCGCUUGCAAUCAUCACCAUCGUCCGAAAUCUCGUACGAGAUACGUCCAAGGGACGCACAACGCGUUGACGAGGAGAUCCUACCGCAGCAGAAGCAGCAGAAGUCGCAGCAACACCGAUCGGCCAUGAUCGUUCAUGAAUCGCCAUCAUCUCUUCACGCUGGAACUCAUGUCACAGAGCUCGCGCGGGAGAUUCAGCAUACCGCCACUAACCAGGAAUUGUCUAACCUCGUUGCAGAUCACCAACGACCAUCACUGAGUCAUGGGACAAGGUUGCCCUACGUAACAGCGGCCAUCAGCAACACCCAGCUACCGUUCUCCCGAGCGCCGCAUCAUUACGCGAGCAAUUAUCAUCACUACGUCCGUCAUCAGCUUCCUUCGCCUCCUUCUCGUUAUUAUCAUCAGCUCGAACCACCGAGGACCCAACUGAUGAUUAUCCGCCGGCCGGUGACAUUAACGCGCCGUCCAAUGUUGCAGACAUUACAGCAGGCCGCCAAUAUGAUAACCACGGGCGCGUUAUCGUUGCCAUUUCCGUUCUCCUUCGGUUCAUCAUCCUCGCCGCGACCGAUCCUCAUCGAACGCAAGAAAUCCGUUUACCGACCACCUGUCGCAAUAACAACGCUGAAGACGACGCCGAGGACGAUGGCCGACAAGGCGUCGCUAUCCGGGAAACUCACGGCAAAGAUUGACACGAAGCAACGUACGAAAUUCGAGGCAAAGUUAGGAUCGGAUUCGGACAUCACUGAGAAUCACUUGGGUCCCUCUUGGAAGCUUUUGAAACCCGCGCGCAACACCGGCUUCAACCCCGAUUCCAUCGUCAUCGAGAGCGGCUUUAAACCGAUCAUCAGAAAUGUCUUUGACAAAGCGCCAGAUGUAACACAGAAGAGAAUGUGGCAGGACGGGCCGCUCAGAAAAAACGGGGAUUAUCGUACAAUCGAUGAGUUCUCGCCCGUUUUCGUACCGUCGCUGCCCGUGACAUCGUCCACGAUCGACGGCGGCAGGAAGCGGAAGAAGAAGACAUCUUCCACGCGUUCCCCGCCACGUUUCGAUGAUCUCGACGACAUGGAGAUGGCGGCCGAUCUCAGACUAGAUACCUACUAUCUGCCGCCAAUCGGGAGGACUAGGCCGGAGGAAUUACCGUCACCUUCCUCCUCUGAUGUCCUAAUCACCUACGAUGGUAAGAAGCUGAGUGACUCCACCGGUCUGGCCAGGUCCAUUUCCGAUUCCGAGCAUCACGCCAAGGGCCAAUUGACCUCGGAUAUUCUUAGUAGAACACCGCAGUUCGGUAAGUUCCAGGGUGAGCUGCCGCCGCUGAUUCCCGGGGAGAUGCGUGCAAACGACUCGAUUCCUCUCUCGUAUGGGAAGAAGAACCGUCUAGCGGCCGUCGAUCUAUCGCCGCGUCAACAGCUACCGAAGACGAGCACGAGGUUGAAGCUGGUAGAGAGGUCGAAGAGAUCGCCUCUGGACGUCGGUCGCACGAUGUCCAGCGUAGACUUUCAGCAUGAACAUCGAGAACGCGACCGGAUCGAAACGAUCAACUGCGGAACGCGCCUCGGCAAUUUCGGGUGGGUCGUUCUAAUCGUGAUUGCACGUCUCGCGAUCUGAGAGAUCGGCGACCGACCUCGUGUCCUCCGACGAAGGCACGCCGUAUCCUCGACGGGACGUCGGAAGGGAUUGGAAGACGAUUGGAAGAUUGAUUGUCUUGAGCACGCCUGCGUGGCUCGCGACGACACACAGGAUCGUUCGGGAAUAGUAGACGAUAUACUCUCCAACUGCGUUAACACCGGGGAAGGCAUUACUAACCACUGAGAAAACCGCUGGUUUCCUAUACAGUAGUACAAUCCACCUGUCAAGCUCGCGUCUCGCAUCUCUGGUACUUCGAUCCGCUCUCGAUCGUGUUCUUUGCGCGGCGGUCAUUAGCCGAAUGCCGAUUUACGUUCCUUCCAUGAAUUGAAUUCGGACUUUUAUUUCCAGACAUUUUUAUAAUGCUCUUAGAUAUUGUAUUGUUUGGAAAAGGAAGUAGUAUCUUAGUAAGUCUUAUACGUUAAUCUACGCACGCGUUUACUUUCUUGUUCCGAUAUUAACGGAGUUAUGUAAUUUAUA